CCAGUGACGUCUCGGUAGAUGAUUGGUUGAGGGGCUCUGUGAAGCAGCGGGAGGGGAGUCCGGUGUAUAAGCGACUGCUGGAGAGGAUGAGGCUCCCCGGAGAGCGGACGGCCCGGGACUAGAGACAGGAGGAGCAGCGUCCCCUCCGGUCCGGUCUGCGCUGUGCGGAAACUGCAUGGAGGUGGAGGGCGGGAUGACGGAAGAAGAAGCGAAGAUGAACAUGACGCCGCCUGAUCGGCCCGGGAUCACAUUUGACAUCGGUGCUCGCUUAGAAGCGCAGGACUACUUGCAGAAAUGGUACCCAGCUAAGAUAGAGAAGAUGGAUUAUGAGGAGGGGAAAAUGCUGGUGCAUUUUGAGCGUUGGAGCAGCCGAUACGAUGAGUGGAUCCAUUGGGACAGCAGUCGGAUCCGUCCUCUGGAAAAGCCUUCUUUGCAGAAGGAAGCGCUUGGAGACGAAGAGGAGAACUAUGAUUUCAAGGAAGGAGAAGAAGUUCUAGCUCGGUGGACUGACUGUCGGUAUUAUCCUGCCAAGAUUGAGGCCAUAAAUAAAGAAGGAACCUAUACUGUGCAAUUUUAUGAUGGGGUCAUACGGUGCUUAAAAAAGAUGCACAUUAAAUCCAUGCCUGAGGAUGCAAGAGGCCAGGACUGGAUUGCCUUAGUUAAAGCAGCAGCUGCAGUGGCCAAGAAUAAACCUGCAACCAAACCGAGGACCAGUGUGAACAGCAAUAAGGAUAAAGAAGAGAGGAAAAUACAUAAAACGUCCAUUAAAAAAGAGGACGCUGCCAUUGUUAAACCCCUGGACUUAUUCCGCAAGGAGGAAGAGCCAACAUCCAGCCAGAACCUAGAAGUUGCAUCGGGAGAGGUCUCGAAGUUGCCCACUCAACAGAGAGAUGUUGAUCUGGUACUUAAGAGGAAAAUGAGCCAGGCUAGCUCCUUCCAAGCAAAACGAGCCCGGCUAAAUAAAAUAACAGGUUUACUGGCGUCCAAAGCUGUCGUAUUGGAUGAUGCAGAAAAGAAGACACAAGUCAUUCAAAAGCCAUUAAAGCUGGAGGAGGCGAGUACUCCUAAACCCCAGACACAGAAUCAAAGUGAAGUUGAUAAAUGCCAUUCUGGCAUGACAGUGACAACCACGCAGCUGUCACCGCCUAUGUCUUCCGGGAAGGCUCGCAGCAAGAAAGACAAACAGGAGCUUGGCGACUUCUCAGGGUGUAAAAAGUCCCCUAUAUGCAAUAUUGAUCCACAGCUAAAGCAAGGUACGCCACACAACGCAAAACAUUCUAGGUCUUCUAGACGUAACAACCGAAGGAGAUCUCAACGCUUAACCACCUCGACCCCCAGUGAAGUUCCGCGACUGCCUUUCAAAGAUGGAAAAGGCCUGCCAGGCUACAUUCAGACUCCUCACGACCUUUCAGUAGCCAAGGUACCCGAUGUUGCCUUUGUGCCUCAGGAGAAGCUUGAACCUCUUGACCUAAGCUGUAACACCGACAUAACAACUCCCGUAGGCCUAAAAACCACUUUCCACACUGACCGCACCACUAAAGAAAAGGAACAUUUACAAUUGAUAAACUAUUCUUCCAAAGCACUAGCUGAUGGAAGAAUAGCUUCAACGUCAUCAGGUUCUGCACCCAUUGUACAUCCCUUGCACUCAGGCAUGGCUCUGCCAAACCACUUGAAGCCGCCAAAGACCAUUAAGAAGAAGAAGAAGAAGUCUCCAGCUGUUACAAGUGCAGAAGGGACAGAGAAGCCGAUUUCUGCCACAGUGGAAAAACAUGUUGAAAACGUACAGGAGAAGAUUAUUAAGAAAGUGAAUGAGGAGAAACAUUCAGAAGCUGGAGUUACAAAGCCAGAAAAGAAAGGGAAGACCGAAGACAAAUCAUCCUUCACAGGUAAAAAGAAAGAUAAAGACAAAGAGCGGAAAGAAAAGAGAGACAAGGAGCACUCCAAAUCAAAGCAAAAGAAGAAGAAAAAGAAGAAGAAGAAAAGCAAACAACAUGAUUAUUCUGAAUGUGAAGAGAGCUCCCUAGACUUGUUGGAGCGAAGCUCAUCUCCUGUUUCGCUGUCCACCUCUAGCUCCGUAGCUGUGAAUAACAUCUCGGCAAUAAAGAAUACCUCCUUCCAGUUCCCACGGGCUAUCUUGUCUGUCGACCUCACUGGAGAAAACUUUUCCGACAUGGAAUUUUUCGAUGACUCCUCCACCGAGAGUCUGAUCCUAAGUGGAGAUGAGUACAAUCAAGAGUUUGACUCGACUAACUUUGAGGAAUCUCAGGACGAGGAGGAGGCCAUGAGUGAGAUCGUCAGAUGCGUGUGCGAGAUGGACGAAGAGAACGGCUUCAUGAUUCAGUGUGAAGAAUGCCUCUGUUGGCAGCACAGUGUAUGUAUGGGCCUUCUAGAAGACAGUAUUCCCGAGCAAUAUGUCUGCUAUGUGUGCAGUGACCCACCAGGCCAGCGAUGGAGCGCCAGAUACAAACACGAUAAGGACUGGUUCAACAAUGGACGCAUGUGCGGUCUGUCAUUCAUUAACGAAAACUACUCCUAUGUCAACACCAAGAAGAUUGUGUCCACCCACCACCUCCUAGCCGAUGUUUAUGGCGUGACGGAGAUACUGCACGGUCUGCAGCUGAAAUUCGGCAUUCUGAAGGACAAAGAUCAUCCUGACCUUCACCUCUGGGCCUGUCCAAUUAAGCCGCGAGAAUCGGGUCAAGUAAACGACAAGUGGUCAGCGCCUUCCUCAAAUGACCGGGGAACAUGUAGACAGAACAAUAAAGGUCCCACAAACAGUCCGAACAGGACGGAAGAUACGUAUAUAACUAAUGAGCACAGCUAUCAAAAGCCCCAGAGUUCCGACCAAGGAGGCAAACCCUCAGAUGACACUGGAAAGUCUUUCGAUGACAGUGGCGUGAUUCUGGAAGGCCAAAACGCAAAUCUUCAGAUGGAUAAUAAGAAAAGUUUACAGAAUGUUUCUGUUAGAAGAACUGAUGAGGUUGUAAUGGCAGAGGUGAGCAGUGAUAGGAAAUCAGAAGAGCAGCUGGAUUCUCAUCUUCAGUGGCAGCUCAAUCUCCUGACACACAUAGAGAGUGUGCAGAAUGAGGUCACCAGCCGUAUGGACCUCAUAGAGAAGGAAGUAGAUGUUCUAGAGAGCUGGCUGGAUUUCACUGGAGAGCUGGAGCCCCCUGAUCCCCUAGCACGACUACCCCAGCUAAAAAGACGAAUCAAGCAGCUCCUGACAGACAUGGGCAAAGUUCAACAAAUCGCUACCCUCUGCUCUGUAUGACGAAAAAGAAGAGAAAUCGGCUGAACUAUUUUCUUACUUAGAUUUCAAAAAAACAAAAAAAAGUUUGUACAGGUUUUAUUGACUAUAUAAAUAUAUUAAUUGUAUCAAUCCUUUACAAGGAUUAUAAAUGAGACCUUUAAACCAGUCAAGACAUGCCUGAACCCAUGGUAAGCAAAACCAAACAAUUUCCUACAGUGGCCUAUCCUGCUCCUGGGAUACUGGUAC